UCCCUUAGUACCUCAACGGCCGGCCCUGCUUUGAAGAAUUCAAAACUUUGCGUAAGAAUCAAACCUUAUAAUACGUAUAUCCGCAGUGGUGAGCAGAUAUGGAGAUGGAAGUGCAAGAAGUGGACUCCAUGAUACCACUGGCUAUGCAGUGGUUUCAACACACAAAUGAUCUCAAUUCUACUCUGCAGGCCAUUGCAGUAACAGAUUCCGACACUUUCGUCCUCAAAGUGGACGUAAUGGAGCUCUUGGAAUGGAACCCCCUGUUGGCCAAAGCAAUCAUGAAUGAUCCUGAUGUUAUCGCAUUCAAGCUCUGGAAUUUCAUUUUUAAAUCAACAAUGGACGAUUCUUCUUACACUCUUGGAAAGCGUAUGUGGCUGAGAUUCGAUUCUGUCCCGCUUCCACCUGUUUCUGCUGACAAGUUGUGGAAGACCGGAGCAGCCAGAGGUCCAAACAAAACCCUUGUGCAUGUAUACGGAGUUGUUUAUGCCGCCACCACCGUCCAAAGAAUUGCAUACAUGAGACGUGCUCGAUGCAAAGGAUGUGAUUAUGUCAAAGAUUUUGCCUUUAACGAAAAAUUGUCGUUCGGACGGAUUUGCUGUUCGUAUGGCCAAUUCGAAGAGGAUAAAUCCGCUUCAAUUUACAUAUCCUCUCAGGUAGGGGAAGUACUGUUAGGGCCUGUACCGACUCUCUCCAGUGAAGCUUUGCCAUUCCCGCAACUGAUCUUAAUUGUUUUGCAAGACGAUUUGGCCGGCCAAGUGCAAAUCGGCGACUCCAUGGCAGUUAUCGGCCACGCAUUUGCAGAAAUCAAAGAAUCUCAACCUUGUGAGAGAAAGUGCCUAAGCCGGCUCAAGGUGACUGCAAACAACAUAAUUCGUCCCUUCAAUUACAAAUCUUUAACCUUGACAAGCCAAAUUAUUGACCUCUGGCCCGAUAUACUCUUUCUGAACGAGCUCGGUAACAUUUCAUUGAAUGCUCUGUGCAAUUUUCUGUCUGCAAAUGGAGCUCAAACAAGGCUAAAUGCAUACUCCCUUGUUGCUCUGCUAAUAAGCCUGGUAGGAAGUGAAAAUGUAGCAAAUUUUCACAAUAAUAAUAAUAAUGAUGAGAGGAAGCGAAUUCAUAUAAUGUUAACUAGCAGAGGCCCCUGCGAGACUUUGUUCCGUCAAUUGCAGGCAGUAGCUGUUCUGUAUGGAGCGAGGAGUGUCCGCCAUAGCCCUUGCAACGAAAACCUUGAGUCAAAAUUGACGAAUUCGUGUUCCGGCGGUACUCAAAUUUUGCAGUCAGGUAGCUUAUCUCUCAGUAAUGACGGUAUAUUUCUCGUGGAUUUCUUCAGCUGUUCAAUCUCAAGAUCAGAUGCUAGAUUUUUCUGCCAAGCAAUGGAGAAGCCUAGUAUCCAAAUAAAGGAUUCUCAAGAUCUGUGCAUUCCUUGCAGGUCAACAGUAUGGGGAUCAUAUGCAAUUUUCAAGGACGAGACCUCCUUAAUUCCUUUAGACUUUCCAAAGGUGGCUCGCAAAGGUCCUACUAUCGAUCCCGAACUGAUCAAUAAGUUUGAAAUUAUUCUUUCCUCUGAAGAAGAAGAGGAUUUUCCUCGUAAAUAUGACAUGAUCGUUCAAUCCGGACGGUCAACCCAGUCUAUAGAAUUGCAAAAGCAUUUACAUUCGGCUUCAAAUAUCAAAUCAACGAAGAUCUCAGCCGGUGCGCAUGGCCUAAUUCGAACCUACUACCUUGCGCUUCGAAAGGCGAAAUCAUUCAUAAUACAGUCUGACGAUGUGUUUUCUCUACAAAGCCUUCUACGUGUCGCUUCAGCUUGCGCAAGAUUAUGCUUGCGUGAUGAAAUUUUGGAGAUUCCUGACGCAACUCUGGCAAUCCUUCUGUGCGAGAAAACUUAUACAGCCAAGUAUGGAUCGGCCGUCAUGGAUCAAUAUUCAAGCAGGCAAUUGUGUGAUUACGACAGGAAUUUGGAUAUGGAAAUCAAAGACUUCCAUCAUUAUCUUACGCGGAAUCUUCUGUCUAUACAACCUUCGUCUCUUUCAUCUCUAUAGUGUUGUCCGGUGGGAGUGGUCCCUCUAGUAGUGGUAUUAGCUAGUUAUUUUUAAUCCCGAGAUGUCCUUUAGGGUUGAAAGACAUCAUAGAAUACAAUAAUGUUCUUCGCGUUGUAGUUAAUGGCCCAAGAAUCCUACAGAUUUAAAUAAAAUGAAAAAUAAAGAGGAUUUUUCCAACA